AUGAAGAUCCUGACGUGCUCAGCCCAUCUGCAGCACCUGGAGGGGAUCCUGAGGAAGAGCCUGCCCAUCGCCCUGCCGGUCUUCGGGGCAGUGCUGAACAUCAACCGGGGCAACCCUGGCCAGUUUGAGGUGCUGGUGGACAAGUGGCCCGAAUUUGGCGCCGUGCUGGCCCGGCCCAGUGGAGAGGUGCCAGCGAACGAUGGAUACUGGAACACGCAGGCGGCGUUCUACCGGGACCUGGGGGCGUACCGGGCGCUGCUGGAGACACCCGGCUGCCUGCGCUGGGACGCUGCCUUCACCCUCAUCGGGCUACAGGAUGGGCUGGCCACAGUGUCCCAGGACCUGGCAAGGAAGAAGGGUGUGGAGCUGGACAUUGUCGAGUACUACUCCUACUGGCACCCUGACCCCAGCACCAUGCCAGAGCCCCGGCCAGCCCCCGGGGUGCACGUGGGCUCCCUGAGCCCCUCGCACGUGGACCUGCUCAACGACACGUGGCCCUACGGGGGGAACGCCCGCAGCCGGCGCUUCCUGGCUGAGAUUUUGGGGCGCUUCCCGCAAGUCUGCCUGCAGGACGGCAGCGGGCAGCCCGUCGCCUGGGUGCUGACGGAUCACUUCGGGACGGGCACGCACAGCUACACCCUGCCCGAGCACCGGCGGCGGGGGCACAUGCAGGUGGCACUGACGGUGGCGGCGCAGCGGGCACACGCCCGCGGGUUCCCCACCUUCGGGCACACGGCGCUGGGGAACCGGCCCAUGCAGCAGCUGCAGGAGAUGCUGGGCAACCGGCGCCUGCCCGGGGUCUGCCGCUACAUCCUGCACAAUCCCGGCCUGCACAGGGACGGGCCCUGAGGCCCUGCUGUCCCCUCUCUCAAAUUAAACAGCGGUGUGGAGUCUCUGAUGGCUGCUGUGGGGUUUUGUGUCCCCCCAGCAGUGACCGUUACAGCGGUGACACAGCUUGGUGGCUCACGUGUCACCGCUGAGGCACACAGCGGGGUCCCCUGGGAGUCACCCCGUUCCAGGGCACGCGCCUCGGUUAUUCUCAGUUCCCCAAGGGAGGGCUGAAAGCCUCAGGCAAAUUUGCACUGGUGGCACCUGCAGUGUUGCCCCCUGAACCAGGGCGCUGUCAGCACAGCUGGGGGUGGGACAGGCAGGCACCGGGGGGACAGACAGUGACACACAGGACAGAGUGGGACAGGGCAGACGGUGACAGUGUCACAGCGUGAGUCGUGGUUUGGGGGGCUGAUGGGGACAGAGAAGGGAGUGACAGUGUCUGGGGUGGUGGGGAGUGCUGGGAUGGGGGUGACAGUGUCCAGGCUGGCAGGGUGACAGUGCCUGAGGUGAUGGGGACAGUCACAGGCGUGACAAUGCCAGAGGGUAGUGGGCACAACUGGGGGAUGGCAGUGCCUGGGG